AUGAGCGGCUGCCAAAGCACGAGGCUCUUGAAACGGCUGGAUAUUUCCAGAUCAGGAAGUCUCUCGGCAGGAGCCGAUUACGGACCUCUGGCUGAUUCGGGAAUACGGUCGUUUCAGAGGUCACAGCAGAGGAAUAGGCCAAAGGCCAAGCCUCAAGGCCAAGAAUGCAAGGCUCGAAAGAUAAAUUUCAGGGUGCUCGGUUUCCUUCGUUCAUCGUCCUCCUCGUCAAACGCAUCGAGGACGCGUUGUGCCACGGCCGAGCUUUCUGCUGCACUUCGGGUGAUUAGGCAAGACGUGCAGCACGUAAUACAACUGAUCUUUCUAGCUGUAUUUGACGGUAAUUCAUUCGAGGGAAAGGAGCCAUUCAACAAAUCGGCCAUCUUACGGCUACGUCCUGCACUGACCAUCAACGCAUCUCGCACGAACCCUGUACUCAUCACGUCUGUAUAUCAACGUAACCUUGUUCUAUCAACGCCCAAUCUUGCAUAA